UCCUGUGUGGAGGCGAUGCAGGGGACUUAAGGCCGCCAGGGGAGACUCCGCAUUCCAGGGAAUACAGCUAGCCAGGAACCAGGGAGGAAAAUUAUGGGAUAAAUCAGACGCUGAAGGAAAUGUGCGUUCGCGUUCCGGAUCGGAUCCAGUGUUUUUUGGAGUCCUCCGCCUCAAAUCCCGGUCUCCUCAUCCUCAAUCACAGGACGUCGGUGAUCAAGUGCCCGGCUUGCUAACAACCCCCGAGUCCUUCCUCCGAUCUGAGCACCGAACCGUUACCGUCCGUUUGAAAAGGAUUAAGAAAGAUAGCUAUCAGCAGACUGAACCGACCUGGAGACAUGACAUGACGCCCCCCGUUCGUGUCCGGUUCAGGGGGAACGUAUGACCUGCGAGUCCGCUACACAGUCUGACCGUUCGGAUCAAGCUAGCAUCCUCUGGAGUUGGACGGACAGCCACAGCAUCCAUCCCCGCCUGGGACGCGGCGGAGCCUGAGCUGCUGCUGCUGCUGCUGGUGCACCGGAAUGCUAACUAAUGAGGAAGUGGCUUUAACAUGACGAGGAAAAUUCUGCCUGUGUUUUCGGGUGCUACACAGACAUUCCUGAGACGCCCACAGUCAUGACUGAAGCCAGCUUGCGGCAUGUAUGUGUCCGGCCGCGUCUGUCUCCAGCCCCGCGGAUGACACUCACACAGGCACCGGCGGUUCACUGCAAACGGCUGCGGAGAGGAUACACGGUCGCCGGUUAAGUUGACGUCCGGAGAGAGCUGAGACUGAACAGCUAGCAAAGCGGCAAAGCUAGGCGGCUAACGGCACCAUUUAAAAGCCUGGAAAGAAACACACCAAUGGUAUCCCACAAGGUUUUAGUCGCAAUAAUCUUAUUAAACGUGUACAUAGGUGUACAGUCGGUUUUUUACUUAUUCGGCGGCGUCCUUUUAACGGUCUUGUUUGCUAUGGCAUUUUUAAAUGGACCCAGGCUUCUGGACUGGGCGAAUUCACCUCCACAUCUUCAGUUUAACAAAUACGUUCUAACGGGAUACCGGCCAAUCUCCUCAGUGCAAGACUGCAUCAGGAGUCUGUUCUACCUGCACAAUGAACUUGGAAACAUAUACACUCACGGCAUCCCUUUGGUUUGCUUCCUGGUGCUGCUGCCUCUCAACAUCCCCUGGUCUCAGAUCAGUGUCACAUGGUUGGGCGUUGUGCACUUCCUGGCCUGCCUGUCGCCCCAGCUGGGAUCUGUGGUCUACCACCUCUUCAUGAACCACGAGGGAGGGGAGCCGGUUUACCACACCCUCCUGAAACUGGACGUGUGUGGAAUCUGCAUGAUCAACACACUGGGAGCGCUGCCUAUUGUCUACAGCACUUUGUUGUGCUACCCGUUCAUCCGCACCGUGGCCCUGUUAGUCUACAUCCUGCUGUCCACCCACGCUAUCUACUGCGCCGUCACGGCUCGGAGCAGCGUUCGCCGGCUGCGUUCCUUUGCGUGGCAGGCGCUUUUUCGCUUCUCCUUUUUCCUGCUCCGCUGGGUGGGUGUGGGGGGCGGCAGCCCUACGUCUCUACGUCAUUUCCUCACCAUGGACGCCCUGGCCGUGCUGGGUGGGGUCAUCAACAUCACACGCAUCCCUGAGCGCUUUCGGCCAGGCCUCUUUGACUACUGGUGCAACAGCCACCAGAUCAUGCAUGUACUGGUGGUGGGUUCCAUCCUUUAUCUGCACUGGGGCGUUUUGGACGACCUACUGUGGAUCAACAACUACAUCUGUCCCUCAGACUGACCCCCCUCGCUGCUCCUGACCCCCCUCAAAAGGAACACUGAGACUGAGGAAUCUCCGGGGCAGGGGGUGUCUGGAGAUGUAAGGGGGUUAUCAGGGGGGACUGAUGCUGGUGAGAUGCUAUGUUGCAUGUGUUAAACUCAUGUUCUCAAAUGCAGAAUGUUCAUAUCUUUGUCCAUCUCCGUACUUUGUGCGCAUAAAGACAAAAGUAUGUCAACUAACGCACAAACAUGUCCCAGUUGCCACUAUCCUGGAGGUACAGGUGCAUACAGUCAUAUACACACGCAAACUAUAAAUUAUUCAGUAAAUUUAAUGACUGACUAUAUAACACUAUAAAGUCUUAAGUAAAGGCUCCAGUCAGUGUCUCUGUAAGUAUAAAGCCUUUACUUAAUAUCAUUUUAACUUGAGCAUUAUUUGUGGUUGGCUACAACAGUCUGAGGCUUAAUGAUAUCACAUGCUCAAGUCCUCUCAGAUGUCACUGUUGCUACCUAUGCAGCACAUCCAUAUCUCCACCUGUGCACACGGCGUACAGACCACACACCUACAAUGUCAACAUUGCCACUCCUAUAUUUUUAUACGACAUGUACAUACGAAGAGUGCCGUACAAAGCACUCAUAGAGUUUUCACCAACGGAAACUAAGUGAGUUUUAAUGGACUGAUUGUUUUGUCUGUGUUUUCUUGUUUUCUGACACUGCCUAUUACUUUAUGUGCUUUGGUCUGAUUGGUUCUCACUGUUGCAAAAUGUUUAGGAGUUGAAGACGGGCGAAGGGGGUUCAUUCCUGAGUGUGUGAGUAUGAUGGCCAUGACUUCCUUUAUGUGGACUGGACCACAUAUUGCAGUCAGUCAGUGUUAUUGGCUUAAUUUGCACCUGAACUCUGUCACAGUUAAAUUCAGGCAGAAAAGAAAGUGCUCUGGUUUACAAACUAUGUGGUACAGAGGCGUUACUGUUUGCCAAACUUUUGGCCAUAGGGUGCAACAGCCAAAUCGUCAUGUUUAUUCGUUUGUGUCUGUAAUCAUUUCCUGUUGUUAGGAAUAUUGUCACUAUCAUCUCUUUUCAUCAAAGGGGGUUAUUGAGGGUUAUUAACUUUUAAAUGAUAAAGCAAUGAAGAUUGUUUGCACAUUUCUGGAAUAGGAAAUUUCUGUGUUUAUUUUGAAGUAAAUGUAUAGUAAGUAAACACUGAAACCUUACUAUAUUACCACAUAUAUUAUACACUGAACUGCCAUGCCGUGAUGGACAUGGAGCAGGAAGAUGCACUGAAAUAUAGGACUUUCCACUCAAUGCCAACUUUUGUUUUUAUUUAAAACGUUCAGCACUGUUCUACAGACCUGCUGAUUUCCAGAAUAUGCACAUGUUUUAACCAUGCAUUAUAUUUAUAAGUGUUUUAUUCUAGUGUAAUUACAUGCUGAUAUAUGGAAAGGUUUUAGAUCAUGGCGCAUCUGUCAGUCGCCAAAGUAGUUUACAUUGUUGCCGUGCAAUAGCACUGGCUGACAAAUCAAGGCAGAGGUCAGAGAAAAUGUUUGGGUUUAUUGAAACUGUGCUAAUCCAGAGGAUUAGCUUCUCAUUUUCUCUACACAUCCUUUUUUUCCACCACUUUUAAACUCCUCAUUCACACAGUAAUAUUGAAGAUAAUGACCUCUUAUAUCCACACGUUGCCACUAAAAUGUUAAAAAUAUCAGCAAGAAAAACACCUUUUUCAUGUGUUUACAUUGUGUGCAGGCCUCUUCUGAAGAUUUAUAACAGAUUGGUUCUACUGUAUUCAAAUGUUUACCUUUUCUGGAUUUUGAAAUUGUUUGCCAUGUUAUUCUUUCACUGUACAAAUUUUGUUCUCCCCUUGUUGUGUAGCAGAUCAGAUAGACUUGCACUUUUUAAGCUAUAGAGAGGAAAGAUGUCUUUUAAAGUGGGGUGUUUUACAAACUGAGGAGGAAUGAACCCCUGAGCCUCUUGUUUAAGUUUUGUGUGUUAGGGGUUUCUCAGCUCUAUUGUUCAUGAUCGGUUUGGCAGCUUUUCUGUUUAACUGCUCUGGAGUAAAAGCAACAGUCGGUCUGUGAUUGGAGCUUGCUCAAAACAAGUGGUUUAAGGAUCAUUUCUUUUCUAGAGGCAGACUUUGUUUUCUGAAUGACGUUGCACCUGUUUUUCUUGCCAACAGUCACAGCCUCCCACUGACUAGUUUCCAGUCCUGUCACCCCCCUCCUCAUUUUGCCAAAUUAGCAAAGUCUGAGGUGUAGCACUCGUCUGCUUCCUGUGCUAACACUGACUCAUAGGUAAAGAAGGAUUUCCCACAAUCUGUUUCACGUACACUAGCCUCAGACUGCACCCCGCCCCUUUGUCUUGAUAAAGAGUCAGGUUCUGUAUGUCUGCUAGUCUCACUCUGACAGUGAUUACUACCUUCUAUGACUGUGGUACGAUGUAAAAGCUGAAACUAAUGUAUUUUGGCCAUUGAAUGAAACAAAAAAAAAAUGCAUGAAAGUAGCUGUAAAACAGAAAAUGAUGUCUCAUAGUCUUAGCUAGUCAUUUGUUUAUUGUAGCCAUCCACAGGCCAUGUCAUUUGCUCCUGGAAAUGUUUUUCCUGACUGUGGGGGGAGUUAUGGGUGGAGGGGACAUCCACCUAUGGCCAGUUUCAUUAAGGAGUCUUUACUAAGUCAGACUUCAGAUGUCUAAUUUGUUUGUAUUCUGGGUAAAGCAAAUUUUUUCUCCUCUUAAAAACAUGGCUGAAUAUCUGGAGUUAUAGCCAUGGAUGCAUUUUUAGAUUUCAAACUGGCUGCUAUUCUUUCCAAAAAAAAAAGACAAAAAAAAACAAAGGACAAAGAUUUGUGGCUCUGCACAUAAGGUCAACAUUUCUGAUAGCUCGUCAGUCAGGCUUAAGAUAGUUAAAAUGAUCGCCAGUCUCUUGUUGCUGUAUAUUUCCAGCUGAUCGAAGCUCCGCUCAUGAAAAUUCCACCCCUUUUCGAUGUUUGUUCCACAAUAUAAUCAGCAAACCACAAAUUAUCACACACGUUACCAUGGAAAUGAAGGGUUUAGUUGGAGGUUAGCCUGGGGGGUAGAAUGACUAAGUUUAUAAGUCAGUUUUUAUUUGUAUUAGACAAAUCUAAGAGCAAAAUAGACAAUAAACCAGUUUAAAACAUGGUUAUGAAACUGGACCCAGUAUAAGAUGAGGAUGGGAGUUCACAUAAGCAUCACUUUCAGAUAAACUGCACUGUUCAUUGUUCUUAAAAGGGCUUUGGAUUAAAAAUAAUUAGGAGACAUACUUAUUUAAAGUCCAUAUAAAUAAUGUAAAUACAUGUAUGUAGAUUAUAUAUACAUACAGUGCGAACGACACUGAUUCAUUUUCGAUAAAUCCACACUAUAUGAUAAAGAAAGACGAAUGAUAUGGAAUUAAGCUGCUCCUCUCUUUCACAGCCAAAGCAAAAAUGAGAGAGGGAGGUGGCUGAGGCCUGGCGUGGUGCGUAAUAUCAGAAACAUGUUUGCUUAGCGACAGUGUGUCCAUAUGUAUGUCAACAAUACAGAGAUUAAAAUACUAAGACUGGUUUCAGUGCUAAUGUAGACUUGUUUGACCGUUCGUUGCCCUACUGAAGAAUGCUAUUGAUCAUAUUAAUGUAACCACUCUUUACAUGAGGGGAACGACAUUUGUAACCAUCACGGAGAAUCCUGACAGGCAUGUGAAUACCUCGUGACUACCACUGGUCUAUCUAUGCAUUAUCAACUGAAGGAUACGUAACAGUGAUUUAUGUUUGUCAAACAGCUCUCAUCCACCCUAAUGGAGGGCUUCGCUCUUACAUCCUGGGUCUCCCACUUCUCAGGGUGCCAUAACAGUAGCUGUAACAUCCAAGGCCUGAUGUCUACAGUCUGAAACAUGGCUGUGAACACUUUGUAAAUCUCCACCUGCCCUCUCAGUCCAGUCUGUAGCGCAAUAACAGAGUGGAACGGAAGGAAAAGGGCUGCUGGAAAAAGGGAGUAUUACACAGAAAACCAUGUUACAGAAGUGGAAUCCGGCCUUAAAUUGGUCUUUGUCCUUUGUGUGUGUAUUAACUUAAAAAAUGAUACGAUAUAUGAAAACUAACAAAACAAAAUUCUGUUUUUUUUAAAUGACACAGGUGCCGGAUAGCCUGUUAACGAUCUGUUUAUAAUGGAUUUAUCUGUAUUGUUAUAUACUGACUAUUAUGAUUACUGUUAUUCUGUGGAUACUAAUAAUGACACUGGUCUAUGUGUACAGUUAAUGAGACAAGCCCUUUCCAUAGGAUGAAGGGAGCUUUCUUGAGGGUCUGUCUGUUAUUGUAUUCUCAUAUCUGCAAUGUUAUGGCUUUUUUUUUUUUUUUUUUUUUUUUUAAAUGACAAAACAGUGUGGCUCCAUCUAGUGGAACUUGUCAUGCACUGAUGCAGGCAUUAAUUGUAGCCAUACUGCAGCCAAAUGAAACUACUGUAAUACUGUCCGCACUGGUAUGCAGUUCUUCUCCAGGGUUGUUUCUUCAUAUAUCCAGACCAUGUACGUAGACAUGUGUGUAUGAGCUCUCCUGCAGAACCCAUACAAGCAUGACAUCUGUAUUUUGUCCGAUUUGCUUUUUCCCAUAGCACCAAAGGGGUGCAGAUUGCAUCCCCUAGAGUGCCUCAUUUUCCAGUCUGUGUGCUUGCAGAUUAAUGUGUGCAGACGCAGACUCACAUUUUGUUCCUGUGCUGUAGAUCACACGUCUCUCCAACCUUAGUGUCCUGUGUGUAACAGACAGGCUCUCACACUCCUCAGUCUCCAGCAACGAUUGUGCAAUAAACUGAAGUCUAUAUUUUUAA